AUGUUCAUGGCAAGAUCGGAAUAUGCUCCCCAUUUGAGCCUCGUCUUGCCACACCAUGACACUAACUUGCCCUCCAGCACCUUCUCCCCCGAGGGCCGUCUCUUCCAGGUCGAAUACAGUCUCGAGGCCAUCAAGCUCGGCUCCACGGCCAUCGGAGUCGCAACAUCCGAGGGUGUCGUCCUCGGCGUCGAGAAGCGUGUGACCUCCACCCUGCUCGAGACCUCCUCCGUCGAGAAGAUCGUCGAGAUCGACCGUCACAUCGGCUGCGCCAUGUCCGGCCUCCAGGCCGACGCCCGCAGCAUGGUCGAGCACGCCCGUGUCGAGUCCCAGUCCCACACCUUCAACUUCAACGAGCCCCUCAGGGUCGAGAGCUGUACCCAGGCCAUCUGCGACCUGGCCCUGAGAUUUGGCGAGAGCGCCGAGGGCGAGGAGAGCAUCAUGAGCAGGCCCUUUGGUGUCGCGCUGUUGAUCGCUGGCUACGAUGAGGAUGGCCCUUCACUGUACCACGCCGAGCCCAGUGGUACAUUCUACCGCUACGACGCAAAGGCAAUCGGAAGUGGCAGCGAGGGCGCACAGGCCGAGUUGCAGAAUGAGUACCACAAGUCCCUCACGAUCGUCGACGCCGAGACGCUGGUCCUGAAGACGCUAAAGCAAGUUAUGGAGGAGAAGCUGGAUGCAAAGAACGUGCAAUUGGCGAGCGUAACGAAGGAGAAGGGCUUCAGAAUAUACACAGACGAGGAGAUGGCUGCUGUCGUCGAGAGACUCCCCGCAAACUAA